UGCCAUUAUCCAAAAGAAAGUGCUCGACUCCUCAGGUCUCCUUGUGAAUGAAGGCAAAUCUCAUUGGCAUCCCAUGCAAGUAGGCGAAUGGCUGGGUUUCGUGAUUAACACUAUUACUAUGUCUUUUCGUAUUCCUGAAAGGAAGGUGGAAAAGCUUAAGAGUCUUUUAGGCUCUGUAAUUGGAGAUACGUCGUCCUCGUAUCGAGAAUUGGCCAGAAUCGCCGGUUCUAUAAUUUCUGUAGCCUUGGCAGUGGGGCCCAUUUCACGUCUUCUAACCAGGCAAAUGUACCUGGCAAUUGAAUCACGAUCAGCGUGGGACCACACCCUUCGUUUUUCUCCGGCUCUUUUGGAGGAGUUGAGAUUUUGGUACAGCAAUAUCGACUCGUUUAACGGCUAUUCUCUUCGUCCACCCCCUGAUUCGUCGACGGUUAUUUUCUCUGAUGCUAGUGAUGUCGCCUUCGGCGGGUUUUCGGCCUCCUUGGACGGCGUAAUGGCUAGCGGCAUGUUCACGUCUGAAGAUCUUGGUCAGAGCUCCACGUACCGCGAGUUGAAAGCUAUUUAUUAUGGUGCCAACCAUCCCCUUGUGAAAUCUUCUCUUGAGGGCGCGAAAAGAAAAUUGGCGCGUCCUGUUAACCCGAAGGAGCCUUUAUCCGUAGACACGCUGCAGGCAAUUGCCGAAUGUUAUGUUGCGAGUAAUUCUCUUGCCACUCUUCGUUUUUUGUUCAUAUUGUUAGUUGGUUUCUAUGGGUUUUUUCGUAUUGAUGAAAUUAACAGUUUUUGCCUUAAGGAUGUGACCAUUAAUGCUGACCAUAUGUCUAUUUAUGUCUCCAAGCGAAAAAAUGACCAGUAUCGGGAGGGUCACACCUCUUAUCUUGCCAGGUCUGGGAAAUCUACGUGCCCAGUUUCCAUUACUGAACGAAUUAUUCAGGUUUUGUCGCAGUCUAAUUCAUCGCUUCCGCUUGUUCGUCGUAUUGUGAAGUCCAAAUCUGGCGAGUAUUUCCACGCUAGCAAGGGCGUGUCUAAUUCUACUCUUAGAGAGGAAUUCAAGAAGUACAUCCGGCCCUUUGUUGACGACGUUUCAAAGUACGGCACACAUAGUAUGAGGUCUGGUGCAGCGUCGAACCCCGCUUGCAGGCGCAUACCGGGCGAUUUAUGGGAUAUGCAUGCUGGGUGGAGGUGUCCUUCCUCGAAGAAAAGAUACAUUAAACAUACAAUUAAAGAUCGUUUAAGCGUUUCAAAAUCGCUUUUGCUCUGA